CCUAAUUGCAAGCAUUAUAGAUGGAGAUGCUCUUGAAAGAGCUUGGUUUGGCUUCCAAGCUCUUGAGUGAUUUUAAGGAUAUGUAUGAAUAUGAGAACCGUUUAAAAACGUUCACAAACUGGCCUUUUACAGAGAACUGCAAGUGCACUCCGGAGAAUAUGGCAAAGGCGGGCUUUGUCCACUGUCCAAACGCAAACGAACCAGACGUGGCAAAAUGUUUCUUUUGCUUGAUAGAACUGGAGGGCUGGGAACCAAAUGAUGACCCAUGGGAAGAGCACACUAAACGUCACAGCUGUGGCUUUUUAUCCCUUACUAAGCACUUUGAUGACCUGACAAUGGAGGAGUACUACAUGCUGGAGAUGACACGGCUGAGAACCUUCCUCUGCAAAACUGGCAGAAGAAUAAUAAACUCUUUUCAAGAAGAAGUCACUGCAACAAGGCAGCGUCUUGUGGAUAACUUUGUCUCCAAGCAUCAGUAUACACCACCACCACCAGUGCCUCUCCAUGCUGAUCCAUCUGCCCAAUGUUCUGAAAGCUCAUACUGCCAGCCAAAAAAAAUCCAGGAGAAGUGA